UUGCGAAUUAUAGGCUUUCUACAAAGUCCCAUGUGCGGCCAACCAUCUUUUGAAACUCGACCAAACAGCAUGCAUAUAGACUCCGUGAUCUCCUCAGGAAGUGCAUGUACGUAAUUUUGGAACGUCCCCAAGGCGACGUAAAGCCAGUGGCGAGAAUACAUUUCUAUUUCUGGAACUAGUCUGUUCUAAGGUUUUAUUGCGCCGGGGUGCGUGUUGAAGGACUCUGAAGAAGUCCCUCAAACUCCAGUUGAGGGAAUCAGUUUCCCAAACGAUGUACCACUGGAACGUUUAUUUUCUUACCUUUAACAUAGCGCCGGUUGUUCUUUGCUUGGAUCUGAAACUUGUGCAAGUACUAUGCAGACAUGGCGACCGCGCGCCUCUCGAAAACUCCGCUAAGUGGUACCCAACGGAUCCUUACAUUAAUGAAAAGUACGAACCAGGAGGAUACGGUGGAUUGACAGGGGAGGGUCGUAACCGGUCCUUCGCCUUGGGUCAGUUCCUUCGACGAAAAUAUUUUCAACAAUUGAACUUAUCCGAGUACUCGGAGAGCCUGUUUAAGGCCCGUUCAUCGAGCUCAGAACGAUGUCUGCUGUCAGCGCAGGCUGCCUUACUUGCUCUGUUUCCGGACAAUCAAUCGAUCCCGAUUCAUUAUCAACGAUUUUCAAAGGAUCUGCUUUUUCUAGGAGUUUAUAUCUGUCCGCUAGUUGGUUGCAGCGCAGACAAGACUCUAGCCGAAAAAACUAUUCAGGAAUUAGAUGAUACGGGAAAUUGGAAUUCUCUGCGUGAAUACCUCAGCCAACAUUUGGGUCUCAAUGCGACCAGAUAUCACGCUUUCAUGCUUUACGACACGCUGACGGCUCAGAGAUCAAUGGGGCUGCAACUGCCUACCUGGACGAAAAAGAUGUACUUAUCCGAAGAGCUUGAAAUAACUGCCGCCUACGAAUACCUUGUGCAAAGCUACACUUGGAGGCUUAAAAGGAUAAAUGGAGGCAUGUGGAUCAGAGAGUUCAUAAAAAAUAUGGAUGACGCGGCGAGUGGAAAGAACUCGACCAAGAUGCUUUUCUACAUGGGACACGAGAUCAAUAUAGCCGGUCUUCUUAGCGUGCUGGAUAGUUUUUACCCCCACGUGCCGAGCUUCGGCAGCUGUGUUAUUGCCGAGUUACACCGAGACUUUCGAAACGAUCAGCACUACGUGCGACUGUUCUACAAAAAACCCGAGGGACUUGCAGAGCUUUACAUAUCAGGGUGUUCGAACCCCUGUUCGUUGGUAGAUUUGAAAAUUCUUACCAGACACCUCACCCUGAGGGAUCCAUUUGUAGAAUGCGGAUUGACUGUUGAUGAACCGUAAAUUCAUCUUGAGUAAUUUUAUAUCCGUAAUUUAUGCGACUUAUUUUUUACAUUCAUUAAAGGAAAAUUGAGGGAAU